CCCCCUCCUUCCGGGCCGAAGGAAGCGGCUCCCCAGCCGGUCGGUAGCCUCACCGCGGCGCUCCUGGCGUGUCUCGUGGCGGCGGGUUCAUGGCGCUGGGGGCGCGGCCGCUUCUGUGGCUCGCGCUCUGGACGCUGGCGGUUCCCGCCCGGAGCUCCAGGGAGGACGCCGACGGAGGGUGGCGGCGGCCCGGGCCCGGGGCGCCGGCGGCCGUGACGGAGGAGGAGCACUGCACUGUGGAGCGCCGGGCCGACCUCAGCUACGCCGAGUUUGUGCAGCGCUACGCCUUUUCCAGACCUGUCAUUCUGAGGGGGCUCACGGACAAUUCGAGGUUCCGGGACCUAUGCACCCGUCAGAAGCUGUUAGCCUCCUUUGGAGACAGCGUGGUCCGGUUGAGCACCGCCAACACCUACUCCUACCAGAAAGUGGACCUGCCCUUUCAGAAGUAUGUGGAGCAGAUGCUGCACCCCCAGGACCCCAUCUCCAUGGGCAAUGACACUCUGUACUUCUUUGGGGACAACAACUUCACUGAAUGGGCCUCCCUCUUUCAGCACUAUUCUCCACCUCCGUUCAGCCUACUGGGUACAACUCCUGCUUACAGCUUUGGGAUUGCAGGAGCUGGCUCUGGGGUGCCCUUCCACUGGCAUGGACCCGGGUUCUCGGAGGUGAUCUAUGGCCGCAAGCGCUGGUUCCUGUACCCUCCUGAGAAGACACCCGAAUUCCACCCCAACAAAACCACACUGGCCUGGCUCCGGGACACAUACCCGGCCCUGACACCAUCUACACGGCCCCUGGAAUGCACUAUCCAGGCUGGUGAGAUGCUGUAUUUCCCUGACCGAUGGUGGCAUGCCACACUCAACCUUGACACCAGCGUCUUCAUCUCUACCUUCCUCAGCUAGCCAAAGGGGGUGGCUGGCGAGCCCACUGCACACCAGCACACAUCCCUGCAGUGCUCA